UGUGUGUUGUUUUAUUUUGUAUUUGAAGUGGAAGACCUGAAAAUGUUUUUAAAUCCUUUAUUAGAUCUGAGAUUAAAGAUCAAUAUGCUUGGUAUAAUUCAGUAAAUGUACAAAAGGUUAGUAUGAUGGUGUAAGAUGAUCACAGAAGCGUUGAAGUGUGUGUGUAAUGUGAGGGGAAAGAAGGCGUGAUCUUCCGCAUUAGUACCUGCUGCAGGCUGCAUCACUGUGAGUGUGAUGUAGACUGAGACUGUGAGAUAUCCUGUGAAGUACUUCAGUACCCCUGUGCAUGUCGAAAUGUGGUGAUAUAACGGAGACAAAAAGAGGAAAUGAAUGCGUCUGUUGUCGCAUCUUGUUCUGUAGCGAGUUUCACGGAUUAAGACCCCGGAGGAGGACUCAGUAAGAAAAUAGCAGAACUGAAUCUGAAGUCGACGCCCUGGAAAUGAAGAAAAGUGCGUCUCAGUCGAGGAAGUAACCUGUGAAAUGAGGGACCGACUAGGGGAGCUGCUGUCCUCAAAGCCUGCAGUAGAGGAGAACAGGCCUGAAGGGAGCCAGAACCACAUCACAGAGGACAAUGAGGAGGAUCCGGAGCAACAAGCCAUUGUAUUUAAGGGCGAGGAUGAGAUGGACAGAACCUUCAAAGAGGCCCAGGCACUGAGGAAGGAGAUGCUGCUGUUCAGAAUGGACGUGAAGCGUCUUGGGAAGCAGAACACCAGGUUCCUCACGUCAGUCAGGAGGAUCAGCAGCAUCAAACGGGACUCCAACGCACUUGGACGGGACAUUAAGGCCAGGGGGGAGGCCAUAUACAACCGGCUCAAGAAGAUGGAGCAGCUGAGCAAAGAGCUGGAGGAGCAGCACGGGCCCACAUCAGCUGUAGUACGCAUGGUGCGUUCACAGUAUAUCUCUUUAUCAGCCGCCUUCCACAACGCCAUGUCUGAGUAUAAUGGGGCUGAGAUGGUCCAGAGGGAAAACUGCAAGACCCGCAUCCAAAGGCAGGCGGAGAUCAUGGGUAAGGAAGUGAGCAGGGAGCAGAUCGAAGAGAUGAUAGAGACGGGAAAGUGGAACGUCUUCUCGGAUAAUCUGCUCCUGGAGGGGAGGACUGCCAGAUCCGCCCUGAAUGAGAUCGAGAACCGGCACAAAGAGCUGCUGGAGCUGGAGGGCCGCAUUAGGGACAUUCAUGAGCUCUUUUCCCAGAUGGCCCUGCUCGUGGAGGAGCAGGGCUGCAUGCUGGACAACAUCGAGGCAAAUGUUAGCUCGACUCAGGACUAUGUUGCUAAGGCCUCAGCUCAGAUCACGAGGGCUGUGAAGUACAAGAAAAGCAAUCCAUGCAAGAAACUGUUCUGCUGCUGCUUCCCCUGCUGCAGAUGAGACAGCAUGAUGUUCUGUUUAUGUCAAUGACGUAAGGAUAUCAAGAUUAGAUGCAAAUCGCUUUGCUGUGCAAACAUGCCUUUAAUGUUUCUGUUUUCAGCGUGUAUGAGCCAGAUCAAUAUUUGUAACCAAUACAAAAAUAUGUUUUAGAGGAAAAACCCUCUGACUACAGAUAUUGCAGCUGAUAAAGGGAAUUUUUGAUCUUGAAUGUGCACCAGUUUUGCAGCAAUGUGACUGCAAAGGCACUAGGAUGGCCCAAAGUGUUGAGGUCAAAUUGGAAAACAUGUCAAAAUACAGAUGAAGAGUUCAUUUGCAAAAACAGAUAACGCCGUUUUUAUACAUUUUCAAAAAACAUGUUUCUUUUUUAUAUAGAUUCCUAAUGAAGUUACAUUUUCAAGA